UAGUAAUAUGGGUUCAGUAAACUCACAAAUUGUUAAGUCAAGAGCUUCUAUUGUCAGCACUAAAGAACGAACAAAGCAAUUGUUUAAGGAUCCUAAACCAGGACAGGCUGCUGGAUCAUACCAUCUUAAAGAUGAUAUUCAUCCAAAACUUAAGAUCAUUGAUAUGAGUGAAGGAGAAGACAGCUGUUUGAAAGGAUUUAAGGAGAAAGCAAUUCCCACAGCAAGGUGGAUCAACUUACAACGCGAGCCCUAGGAUGUUUCCACUGGUUUACCUAACAGCUUUCCAACUCUGGAGAUUGUGAGAGAUCUUCUUGGGAAAACAGGAAUUGAAAAGGAUGAUAAAAUUGUUGUCUACAAUCAGUCAGGAAAAUUCUCUGGAGCAACGAGAGCUCACUUUAUUUUAUCAAAAUGGUAGCCUACGAAAAUACUUGGCAGAUGGAUAUCCAACCGAAGAAGGAAAAACCUAUACUGGAGAGAAGACGAUUAUUGAAGACUUAAAAGAUCCCAAAGAGUUUAUCACAUUUUUCGAUGAAAUAAAAGAAUUCAAAGAAGGAAAGAAAGAUUUCCAACUUAUUGAUCUCAGACCUCCCUUAGAAUCAAAACUAAUUUCUACUACCCAUCCAAACCCCCAACUACCAGAUAUACUAAAAUCCCAAUACAUCACCCACCCACAACCCCCCAAAAUCCCCCAAAAAUCCUCCCCCCUAAUCCUCAAAAUUCCAAAUUUUUUCAAAAUUCCUCUUCUCUUCUAUCUCCCUAUUCCCCAUACUGCCUUCACUAGUAUUCCUCUAACUUAUCCUGAUACGGCUAGGCUCCUUUACUGAAAUAUGAUAAAUUUUGGGUAUUUGUUCUACUGGGUUUUUGAGGAUGGAUGGAUUUUAGCAGUGAAAAGAGGUAAUGAAGUGGGAUUAUUUGGGAGAUUUUGGUGGAGGAAGGGGGUUAGGGGAACUGGGGGACGAGGGGAUUGAGUUUAG